AUGCCUCAAAUCCCAGACAAGCAAUGGGCCCAGGUCGUCGAAAAAAUUGGCGGACCACCAGUCUACAAACAAAUCCCCGUCCCCAAGCCCGGACCCGACGAGGUCCUCGUGAAGAUGAAAUACACCGGCGUCUGCCACACCGACCUACACGCCAUGAAGGGCGACUGGCCACUGCAAUUAAAGCAGCCACUCGUCGGCGGCCACGAAGGCGCCGGCAUCGUCGUUGCCAAAGGCGAGCUAGCACGGGGUAUUGAAAUCGGCGACCAUGCAGGCAUCAAAUGGCUCAACGGCUCCUGUCUCGCAUGCGAGUUCUGCAAGUCUUCCGACGAGCCUCUGUGUCCUGAUGCCUUGCUUUCCGGAUAUACGGUUGACGGCACGUUCCAGCAGUACGCGAUUGGGAAGGCGGCGCAUGUGUCGAAGCUGCCAAAGGAGGUGCCGCUUGAUGCUGUUGCGCCGAUUCUGUGUGCCGGUAUCACUGUUUACAAGGGUCUGAAGGAAUCCGGUGCGCGUCCUGGUCAGACUGUUGCUAUUGUUGGGGCUGGUGGUGGACUUGGAUCGCUUGCGCAGCAGUAUGCUAAGGCUAUGGGUUUGCGGGUUAUCGCUAUUGAUGGCGGAGAUGAGAAGAGGGAGAUGUGUGAGAAGCUGGGCGCGGAGGCUUACGUUGACUUCAAGAAGAGCAACGACCUCGUUGCCGAUGUCAAGGCAGCUACUCCUGGCGGCUUGGGUGCCCAUGCCGUGCUCUUGCUUGCUGCCGCGGAGAAGCCUUUCCAGCAGGCUGUUGAAUACGCUCGCUCUCGUGGUACAAUCGUCGCCAUCGGACUGCCUGCCAAUGCGUUCCUCAGGGCCCCCGUUUUCGAUACUGUCGUCAAGAUGGUCAACAUCAAAGGUAGUUACGUCGGUAACCGCCAGGAUGGCGUUGAGGCUGUGGACUUCUUUGCGCGUGGCUUGAUCAAUGCUCCUUUCAAGACCGCCACUCUGAAGGACCUACCGGAGGUGUUCAAGCUCAUGGAGGAAGGCAAAAUUGCCGGUCGUUACGUUCUCGAGAUUCCUGAAUAG